AUGCGAGCCAAGUUGGGGCUCAAGCCGCUGAAGAUGGGAGGCUCCGGCGCUGCGGACAAGGCCAAGGACGAGCACCGGCGUGGCCGAGAGCUCGCUGAAGGCCGGGAGAAAGCGAAGGAGGCUGAGAGUAUCAAAGAGAAGCUGCGACUGAUGCGCGAGAAGCGCGAACACGAAGCGAAGCUGAAGGCGACCAAAGGCCUCGCAGACGAAGACAGCGACGAGGACGACAUCGCCGCGUGGGUCCAGAAGAGCCGCGUAAAGCAGAGCACCGCCCCUGCCCCCAAGAAGACCCCCCCUGCAAGUGUGCCGCGGAAGAAACGCGCCUCUGAAGCCGACGAGGACGCGGACGCGGACGGGGGCGCGUACGCGUCGGAGCAGCUUGCUGGCAUGAAGGUCAAGCACGGCGUGAACGACAUCGUGGAGGGCGAGACGGCGAUUUUGACUCUGGAGGACACCAGCAUCCUGGACGACAAGGGCAACCUGAAAGACGGGGACGACGCGCUGGUUGACCUGCUGAAGCAGGAGGACAAGAAGCGGCUGGAGGCGCGGCGCGCGGCCAAGGGCAAGGUGGCGACAGGCGGUGUCGGGAUGUCGUACAACCCGGACUUCGACGAGGAGCCGCGGGGGCUGCUGGCGCACUACGACGAGCCCGGGAGGGACGACGACGGCAUGGAGAUCGACGCGGACGGCGGGGUCGCUGCGGCGGAGCGGCAGCGCGAGGAGAUGCGUGCGAAGCUGAAGCAGGCGGCGGCGCAGCAGUCGGCGGCGGUCGAGGUUGGGGACGCGGGGGCGUCGGCGGACUACUACACGAAAGAGGAGCUGGAGAAGUUCGCGGAGAUCAGGAACCGUCGGAAGAAGAAGAAGAAGGACAGGAAGCUGCGGAAGAAGGACGGCGACACGUCGGACCUGGUGGCGGAGCUGGCGCAGGAGGCGGGGGAGGCGCCGGGCGCGGACCUGGGCAGCCGCGCGGACCGGGAGCGGCGCAUGCAGGCGCGGGAGCGGGAGGCGGAGGAGGAGAAGGCGGCGAAGGAGCGGCGGUACGCGCGCGCGCUGGAGAAGGCCAACUACGCGUCGCUGGCGCUGAAGCCGAGCAUGGGCGAGGACGUGGUCGGCGCGGACGAGGACGAGCUGUACGCGUCCAUCGCGGAGCAGCGGGCGCAGGCGCUGAAGAAGCGGAGCGGGAAGGCCGUCGGCGAGGACGCGGUGCGGGAGCUGGUGGGGUCGCGGCGGGACGACGAGGGGCCGGCGGGGGAGGCGGGCGGGCGGAAGGGCGAGCUGGUGUUCAGCAGCGCGGUGGAGUUCGUGAACGGCAUCGACGUGGGCGCGAGCGCGGCGACGGACAAGCCUGGCGACGAGGCCGGUCCGAGUGGGGUGCGCGAGGAAGAGGACGUGGAGAUGGAGGAGGCGGGCGGCGAGGGGGAGAAGCGGGAGGGCAAGGGGCGGUCGUUCCGGAAGAAGGAGACGGAGGCGGACGGCGGUCCGCAGACGGAGGCGGCGGGCAUCGGGGAGGGCAAGCUGGGGCGCGGGCUGGGUGCGGCGCUGGGGAUGCUGCGCGACACGGGCGGGCUGAAGCAGAAGGUGGAGUGGAGCGGGCGGACGAACGACACGCGGAAGGACCGCGUGCUGAUGGCGGAGGCGGCGCGCGCGAUGCUCGGCGACGGGUCGGGCGACCAGACGGACGAGCGCAUCGAGACGGCGCUGCGGAAGCUGGACGAGUUCGGGCGCGUGCUGACGCCCAAGGAGGCGUGGCGGAAGCUGUGCCACGAGUUCCACGGGUACGGGUCCGGGAAGAAGAAGCUGGAGCGGCGCACGGAGAAGGUUGUGGAGGAGCUGCGCGCGCGGAAGAUCGCGACGGGGGUCAACGCGGACAAGAGCACCGCGGCGAUGCGGAUCGCGGCGGAGAAGACGUCCGCGCCGUACGUGCUGCUGCAGGGCCGCGGGAUCGCGCCGUCGCAGGUCACGGACGGGUCGAGCAAGUACGCGAUGCUCUCGGAGGACGCGCCGGGCGGGGCCGCGACGGGGCGGCAAACCGCGGCGGGCAAGCGCACGAGCAGCAGCUUGAACCCCAACGCGAAGCGCGCGCGGAAGUGA